UGCAGCGUAAAUCGACACAAAUGGAUGCAAUCGAUUGCUUAACAAACGAAUUGGUAAGCCGCAACUCAAAAAAAUGGGAUGAGCUGAGAGAUUCGUUUACUAUGAAGAGUAAUACACCGGAUCUUAAUGCAAGCAGUUAUAGCGAAAAUAAUGAAUUAGAGUCAAUCAGUUUCGGUCAGAAUGUGAAUAUUUUGUCCAAAGGUGUUGUAACUGAUUUGCAGGCUAUUCGUUCGCCACAAUUGGGACUAGAUAUACGAUCGUUGUCUCAAGCACAAUUAGACAAUUUGUUGCUAUCUACUGUAGAAAUAAAAAAUAAACCCGAUUUUCUGUACCUAAUCAGGCAGUGCGUUCGUCAUCAGCAGUUGCCAUCCAAUGAAGUGCUGGUGUCUUGCCUUAAAUACCUCAUGCAAUUAUGUCGCUUGCAACAGAUAGAGUCAUUGGCAGAUCUGUGUAAAUUACGUGCUCAUCCACUUAUAAAAGUAUAUGCCAAUUUUGCGCCUUUCAAAGCCAUGGCGCUCUGGCGCAGUGGCAGUGCGGAUGUAGCUUUGAUGACUUUGCACCGUGGCUAUAGUGAUUGUAUUGAAACGGAUGAGGGCCGAAGAAUGGCGCGGAAUGUGUUUCGAACCAUCGUCGAGGAAACUUUGGCACAGAAAAGCGAGGCUGUUUUGGUUUCGCUAAUGCAAGUGGCACGCUCAAUUUACAUUGAGCAGAAGGAUAUUUUCGUUAUAGCCUGCGUGUGGAAGCAAUGCUUUGCAAGUGAAUGGUUUUGUGAUCAAAAAUCGGCUACCGACCUCUAUGAACAUUACACAGAGUUGCAACAGCUUGUGGCAAAGAGAUCAAGUUCCCUUUCCUCAUCAUUUAUACGAGCGAAUAAUAUAGAUGCCGUUCAUCGGCUUAUUGAAGCUUUUUUGCAAAAAGAUCAACGCGAUGCUUGUGCUAACUGCCUUAGCAUAUUGUUUAAUCACCAAUAUCUACGGGGUGACUUGAGAGCGUGUGCUGAG